AUGGGAAGUCGACCCCUGCCCCACCUCUGUGUUUGGGGCGACAUGGCAGAUCUGGAAGGCACAAAGAUGCUGGACGACGAGGAUUCCGACAGCGACAGCGAUAGCUGGGGGGGCAUCAAGACAACCCAAUGUGACAGGAGAUGCACCAGGAACACGGAAAUGUGGCUGAUCGGUCUGGCUGUGUCCGUUGUGCUUGGCCCUGUGCUGGUGGUCAUCUUGCGCCGCACCCUGCAAGCCAAAGUGGACGCCUCCGCCGUGUGGGAAGAAGAGAAGCGCACAGAGGUGGAGAAGGUGUGGGAGUCUAGCCCCGUGUCCGAUGCCACCCUGGCCAUCAUGAUCGGGUAUGGCCGUCAAAUGCGGCAGCAGGCCUCCAUCCUAGUCGACAUUUGCUUUGGCUUGGUCUUCUUCGGCACAUUGACGGCUACCUACAUCGCUACGGUGAAUCCGGAGCAAGCGCCGGCGGACUUCAAACAGAAGGGCACGCUGUCGAACAUGGCCCAGGACGUGCAGCAGGCGCAGGGCAGGUUGUGGACCACCAGCCUGGGUCUGGCGUCCAUUCUUCUGUGCGUGUCCAUGUAUACCUUCUGGAUCUACCGGUGUUGGGCGCCAUUGCUCUCCUUCGAGAAUAAUCCCUUAGCCACCACUGUGCUAGAGUACGCGGUUGAGAGGCGUUUGCGCACAGCUUGGGCGGUGGUGCCCAACGUUGGCUUUGUGCUGUCUGCGAUGGUGCCCAGCCUCUCCAAUGCCAGCAACUACCAGAUGGUGCUGACGGCGGUGCACAACGUCUGCGCGCCUUUGUCCAUGCUCUUCUGCAUGGUCAUGGAGACGGUGCAGCUCCACUACGGGGAGAACGCCUUUGCGUACUUCUUCUCCACGGAGCCAACGCCGGUGUAUGGGCCCUUGACCACCUUCCAGCGGAUGAGGGUGGUCCUGCUGAUCGAGGCAUGGCUGGCAGGCCUCAUCUUCGUGGGCGUGCAGGGAUACCUGGCAUUCUGCGUCAAUCGCAGAUAUUGGGUUGCCCUGGUAUCCUACUACGGCGAGGUGAUUGGUAUCGUCUUGGCCUUCUCCCUUCCAGCAGCAGCGGCGUUGGACAUUAGAGAGUUCACCAAGACCGCUGCCGGCACGGUUAUGGAAGAGACGGCAAGUGUGAUACCCUACGUCUACAUGUCAGGGAUCAACAGGACAAUUACCAGGCUAAUGGAUGAGUGA